UUGCAUUAAUAAUCUAACGGUAGUCCGUAAAUAUCAUUUUCUCCAUUAAAAUUUUAGGAUAAGCUAGUAUACUUCCGAAUAUAUAUUAAAGGAAAUGUCUAUCACCUCAGUUUUUGCACUUUGUGAAAUUCUCGGUUGUGCUAACCUUGCUGCUCAAGUAAUCGUACCACAGCCAAACAACGCAAAAUCGUACGACUCGGAUCCUGCGAUGCAGACUUUCAACAAUGGUCAUGAAAGCGGCACAUUCUAUUCGCAUCCCGGCUUUUCAAGCCAUCCCCGACGGCCGUACGUCGCCGGAACAAAGAAGCGAUUCGCUGUUGUAUUGCCAUCUUAUUGUCGAGCAAAGCUGUCCCUGGACAUGACCAACACCAGCAACUUCAACAUGCGUGAUUAUGACUUUGGAGUGAUGUUCGACGGGGCAUUGGCUCUGAAUCUUGGAAAGUCCAUGUGCGACCGUGCUAGUUAUGACAAUCUCCAACAAAAAGGCAGCAACAAUUACCAACUGGUGAACCCUAACAUUAAGUCAGCGACUCGAACCUUUUUAAGCAGUACAAAUGUGGCGGUGUUUGACUUCUGCGCUCACCCGUACAACAAGGAUACAGAUGCCACGCGCAGAUUGGGAUUCGCCACUAAGUGGAGCUGUGUACGCAGUUCGCCGAACCCCACAACAGUACAGAAAACAACCACCACUAAACGUACGACCACCAAGAGAACCACUACUAAACGUACGACCAGCACGACCCUUCGACCCACCACCGUUCUAACUCAUCCCACCGUGGCGCCGGUUAACACCGAUUGUGGAACUCCGAUUAACUCGGACAAUCGGCCGGCCUCCAUGUUCCAGCGUAUUGUCGGUGGUGUGAAGCCAGCACCCAAUGCCUGGCCGUGGGCGGCUGCUGUGGUUGCGUCUGAGCAGCUUCAUUUCUGCGGCGCCAGUGUGCUCAACAGUCAGUGGGUGAUUACCGCCGCGCAUUGCAUUAAAAAAGUUGGUACGGAAGAAAACUUCCAGAAAGCCGUGAAGAUUUAUUACGGCAGCCAAAAUUUGUGGGAAGUUCCUGACAGUCAGAAAGCCAGCAUCGCCCGCGUUAUUAUCCAUCCAAACGUGACUGAGAAAAACUGGGGCAAUGAUAUGGCACUGAUUAAGUUAACAGCGCCCAUUCCGGAUUUCCCUAAUUCCAUGGUAUCGCCUAUAUGUCUGCCAAGUCACGCAAUCGGGACUUUCAAAGCGCAGGCAUACAGUACCAAGAAUCGCCCGUAUGCCUAUGUGGCCGGCUGGGGAGCACUUAAGGCAGACCAACCCAAGCCAACCUUAGCCGACUUCAAGAAUGGAUUAAACGUGACAGUUGUAGCCGGUAGUCACCAGCUCAUGCAAACCACUAUCGAAGUUUUUAGCGACAAAGAAUGUCACGCGGUAUACGACGGGACAGACAUUGGAUCAUUAGCGGACGCUUCGAUUUGCGGAGGGCUUGUUGAAGGUGGACGGGACGCUUGCCAAGGUGAUUCUGGAGGACCCCUCGUAAUGGCCGAGCCCCCCGGUUACAGGAGAUACUCGCUGUACGGAAUUGUUUCCCAGGGUCGGAGCUGUGCCGAUCCCGGUGUGCCUGGGGCGUACACCGAUGUUUUCAAGUUGAAAAAAUGGAUAACGGACACAAUGGCCUCUAACUGAAGAAUUUUUGGAGCUUCCAGAGGUUACUGCGCAAAGAUUAUUCAGCAGAGCUUUUUUAAACUAUUUAUUCGCAAGGUCACAGCCGUCGCUGACCAGUAAAACCCUGUGGUCCCGAAAAUUCGUUGUUCAAAAUAUUUAUGUUUUCGUGGUUUGCUAUCUUUGUUGCACCAGAUGAAAUUUCCAUUGGUGAAUAAUGAAAUAUAUCAAUAUUUGAACAUGAAUUCAUGAAUAUAUGAAUAUGAA